GUCCUUCUCCCCGCCCCGCGUUGGUCCUGGCUGGCCGUCCGGCCCCACUCUGGGCUAUAAAUUCAUCAUCACCCCCGCCUUCUUCCUCUCACGCCACCACCCUUCGCUUAGGUCAAUCCGCCGAGGACGAUCCAAGCACCCCUCCACCCCUCUCCCUAAUCCCUUACCCCCCCCCAAAACCCACUAAUUUCCUCUAAUCUGCCUCGAACAUGAAGGUCACCUCUGCCCUCAUCUUUGCCCUCUCGGCCAUCACCUCCGUCCUGGCCGACACCGUCGCCCCCGGCACCAAGCUCGUUGGUGGCUACCUCCUGAUCGACCAAGACGGACCCUCCAAGCUCGCUGCUCUUGCUGCCAACGCUGCCACCCUCCCUGUCAACCGCGUCUGGAUCUCCUUCGUCCGCCCUGACUUGGUCUACGUUCCCGGCAGCAACACCCUCGCCAACGUCGGUCUUGGCUAUGGCCCCCAGACUGGUGACUAUGGUUUCGCCGAGGUCAAGAAGUACGUUGCCCAGCUCCAGGCUGGCGGCGUCGAGGUCUUCCUCUCCAUGGGUGGCUGGUCCUACAACUGCUGGCCCUACACCUACCUCCGCAACUCCAUUUCUCCCUACGGCGGCAGCCAGGCGAACAUUAUCAAGCAGUACGGUGGUGGCAACAUCAACAACUGUGUUGAAAGCAACCUCUGGUGCUACGCCUGCGACCCCCCGAGCAACGGCGACACCAUCAACUCCUAUGCCGUCUACCCCGAGCCCGCCAACUCGUCCACCUGGCAGCAGGCCAUGUCCUAUGUCGCCGCCAACGCCGCCAAAGCUGGCUCCGUCGCCCCUGUCUGGCACCCCAACAUCUACGGUGGCCAGCAGUGGACCGAUCCCAACACCGGCCUGAGCACCACCGUCGUCGGCAACCCGCUCUUUGCCCAGCUCGGCCGUGAUCCCUACCAGGAUCUCAUCUACCUCGCCAAGGAUCUCGGCCUCGAUGGUGUCGACCAGGAUUAUGAGGAGUUCUGGCACGCCGAUACCUUCAAGGGCGGUGACGCCACCUGUUCCAACGGCUGCACCAACACCCAGACCAUGUACAAGUACUCGGCCAUCAUCCGCGACACCAUGAUCAACAUCCAGAACAUCUACCCCACCCUCAAGCUCUCCACUGCCGGCGCUGCCACCGGUGCCAUGUCCGACACCUGGUGGGGUGGUAACCUCAAGGGCAUCUGGUACUUCUCCCACAAGCAGAACCCCGAUGUCAUCAACUUCAUGACCACUGGCAACAACGCCGGUGGUGUCAACAUCAUGUCGUACGAUAUCUCCACCAACGUCGAUGAGUGCCCUACCCAGCUCAACGGCCAGUGCCAGCUGACCGACCAGGUCAACUACUACAUGUCGACCUUUGCCGCCGCCAACAUCCCCGCCAACGUCGGCUACGAAAUCGGCACCCCCGCCUACCCCGAUCCCACCACCGACCCCCAGGAGCUGGCCAACCUCACCUUCUCUGCCGCCACCACCCUCCUGACCAACACCCAGCCCAAGUACAACGGUGGCUUCAUCUGGGAGCUCUUCAAGACUGCCGACUCGAGCGCCAACAUUGAUGUCACCUCUUUCCUCGAUGAGCUCUGCGCCGUUAUGCUCCCUGGCUCUCCUCGCUGCUCUGGCAAGGUUCCUCCCUACACCUCUCAAACCACCACCGCUACCGGCCCUACCACCACCACCACCACCACCCCUAUCAAGACCACCACCACUACCACCACCACCACUACUACUACUACUACCACCCCUGUCAAGACUACCACCACUACCACCAAGACUUCCUCCACCAAGACUUCCUCCACCAAGUCUUCCUCCACCAAGUCUUCCUCCAAGCCUCCUACCACCACCACCACCACCACCACCUCGGCUUCCCCCACUGCCACCGGCUCCCUCCCCAGCCCCGGCCAGCCCUGCACCUCUGGCUAUGCUUGCGGUACUGGUAACAGUGUCCUCGUCUGCUCUGGCACCUGGAUCUCCAUCGGUGUCUGCCCCGCCGGCACCGCUUGCCAGCCCGGCACCUUUGUCUGCGCCGCCGCUUAAGCGAGUUCAACCGAAUGAAUAUUUUCGGUAGCUUCUGGCGUGUAUGUGUGU